AUGGACAAGGUUCCUGGAAUAACUUACAUUGAAGCGCCUUCGACAGCACUUCAUUCUACUGUGUGGCAAGAACAAAGAGUAUCAGAUCUUCAAGCCAAAUUUAUCAUAUUUUUACAACAUCUCCCCUCGUGUUUCUCCGGCAUCAUUUCCAAGCUACGCGAAGAACUUCCAAUACUUUUUACACAUACUCAUCCGUUAGUUCUAAGACGCGGCGACUUAUGUGAGAUGGACAUUAUUAUCGAUCCUGAACAGGCUGAAGCUAAAAUUCUGCCAUUUGGAAUGUCUCUGUGGGGGGUUCAGAACAUGCUUGAUGUUAUGAACUCGACUGAUUGGCAUUAUUAUGAAAUUCGACUAUGUCUAGAAGGCCUUUUCUGGGAUGUAUUUUAUAAAUAUGUGGGAGUGAUCUCUAAGGAAUAUAAACGGGCUGUAAAAACCGCGGAACGCGCCAUUAUGCAAAAUUCUUCGAUUAGAUACGUGGAUGCAUUUUUACACCGUUUAGAGUAUUGA